AUGGACAACUUUGUCGAGCCGCAAGUCGACGUGGCCGGCAUCACGGCGCUGACACUCGUCAAUACCAAGCGUCCGUUGGGUCAUCGCCGCAAUGUGUCUUGGGCCAACACCGAGCUGCCACGGAUCAUGUACGAGGAUACAGGUCACAUCAGCGAAGCCCCUAGUACUGCCAGCAUUGAGCAAGCUCCCGGUGCCGGUUCACCAGACAACGGGCAGUCCAAACGAGUAUCUUUAACUGCACCCAUGGUUGAUCCUCGACCCCGGUCCAACUCGGACUCGAUGGCGAGCCAGCGCGACCGAGGCAAUUAUGAUCACACCAAGACCCUUGCCUACUGGCGUUUGGAGAAAGAGCUGCGUCUUGCCAAGGACAAGCUGCUGGACAAGGUCGAACAAUGCGAGAGCCAUGAACAGUAUCGCGAGCAGCUCACCAAAGAAAUGGAUGACUUGACAACGUCCGUUUUUGAGGAAGCACACGAGAUGGUGCGUGUGGAGAAGGAGGCUCGUUUUCUGGCGGACAAACGCUCUCAUGAGCUCUCUGCUCGAAAUGAGAUCCUAACAGCCGAGGUGGCUGCUCUCAAGGCCAUCGUAGAGCACACCAUGCUCACAAAGCCCGACGCUUUUACCGGCUGCCCCACCUCGACGCCAAGUUCUCCGUCCAAAAGUAGCAGCAAGCGCUCUUUUCGCUGGCGCCGCAGCGACGAGUCGCGACUCCGCACGCGCAGCAACGGCGCGGAUGAUCUUCCCCCGAGUCAGGAGCCCCGCCCGCCAUCAGGGCUGGGGUUCGGGACAAGCACCUCAAGUCAAGUUGAUCCGCAAGUGGAUAGUCAGACUCUGGCCGAGUUUACGGCCUGGCGCAGUGAUGGCGCACCGACCGAGCACAAGUGGUUGUUGGAUGUGGAGGCUUACGACGUGCAGCCCUGCCUGGCACGCGUGGCUGCAGCUGACCUGCAAUCCACCAUCCUCGACUCCAUUCGUGGCAAUGGUAUUGUUAUUGAGGAGGUGCCGGGGGGGACACCAGAGGUCACGCGAUGCGAGCUUUCCGACUUGGAGGCCGUCUGCAAGUUUCGCGUGCGUUUAGGUGACAAGGAUUGGCGACACAUUGCCCACUGCACUCGCGAUCGGUUGGUGGCGCUGUGUAAUUUUUACACCUACGUUCGCUACUGCCAGCAGGUAUGUGUAUCUCAAAGUGAGCAUCCCUGA